AUGCGUGUCGUCACCAGAUCUCAGCACAACAGUCAGCUCAGAUCUGCCGCUGUGUGUUGUGGGACCGGCGAGAAAACAUGUUUGGCAGUCCGUCUCCUCCCAUCACUGCUCGAUUUGUCCUGCCAUCCACGUCCUCAUCUGUCUCAGAUCAGUCUGACCAUUUUCCUGUUCAGUGUAAUGUGGUUUCCCCGUCUGCACCUCCAUUACUGUAGCCAGUGGCUCUUCCUGUAGGCUCAACAAAUCCCCAUAAACAGAUUUGGGUUGGGUGCGCACACGGUGAAUCUGGUCUAUCAGGGUUCGCUGCUGUCUACCCUGGAGGAGGUUCUGCUGGUGCUGCUGGGCCCCCUGACCUUGAAUGCAGCUACGCUACUGCUGCUCCUGAUCAGAUGGGGCUGUCAGCUAGUGUUUGGCUCCGCUCUCUUCCUGUCAAAGUUUAUCAUGGCUGCGGUGGUGUGGACAGUGCUGGACCCUCUGGCGGUCUUCGCUGUGGAUGCCAUCCUGGGGACUAGAGUCGCUUCUGUUCUGCCGGUUGACAUUGAUGGGUCAGGCCUGCUUUUCUGCCGAGCUGAAGCUCAUCAGAAUUUCACUCUGUUGGAAAGACUUCACAAUGAUGGGAGACUAUUGGAUAUCUACCAGCAGCUCCACAGCACUGAGGGAGCUUUUUUCUUUCCACAUGGCAUGGAGGCCUCCAACCAGGAGCUCAAUUACAUUGUGUAAUUCAAUGGAGAGAGACGCAAGGUGGCGGUGCAUGUCUACAUCUGGACGGAGGAGGAGCCUGUGGUAAGAUUGGCACCACCUUCGGACAUGCCCCUUACAGGAUGUGAGACCAGCACCCAUCUAUCCAUCUACAUACUGCACUUGAGCGGCCUGUGCCAACAUUACAGACACUUCCUGAAACAACCUGAUGGAGCCAUUAUAGAGGUGGGCAUCUUCUAUGCAGAAUCCUAA